CUAAUCUAACCGAUCAAGUUGCUUGGCGGGGGAAGGAGGGUAGAGAAUAUGGCAGUAAGGAGACGUAAUUUAACUAUCAAACAAAUCUACAUGUCUAAUAAAAGCAAAUCUGCUAAAGAGAAUUAGAAAGAAGAACAGCGCCGCUGACUCUCUGCAGGAAAUGUUCUUUAUAUUAGACAUAUACAAGCAGGUCCUGUCAGCUGAGCACCUCAACAAGACCACCUUAUUGCCCGGCAAAAAUGGAUCGGUCCUUUUGGCUGGACCUUUGGGGGCUUCGGGGGAAUACAACCUUACCCUGGCCGAGUCUGGGGCGUUGUAAGAUUUUCAAAACCGCUCCGGGUCCCGAUUUUACCUUGAUCCAUUCACCUCCCUGCCGCGGUUUGCUUAGGCGUUGAUCUGUAUCGCCCGUGCAGAUUGGCCACGGGCGAGCGAAAAAAACCCUGUUUUCUAAAUAGUUUGAAAAUCGGGGAUUGUGAGAAUCGCUGACCGGGUUUUUGGGAUAUUUUGGACGAGCCUGGGAUGUAGGGUUCGGGUUUUAUAUUGAGGCUCGGAGCAGGCUGUUGGACGAGAUCGCUUUUCCCUGCCAGGACCUGAUGCAAUCCAUUCAAGCCAACAAGUUUGGAGAGAAUGUUGAGUUCAAUCAAUUCAGAACGUCGAGAUGGAGCCCAAUUCAGUUCAGUGGGUCGGCUCUCCGUGUGGCUUACAUGGACCUUACAUUUUCUACAAGGCUUUUCAAUUCCACCUUGAAGGCAGACCAAGAAUUUUGUCCCUUGGCGAUUUUUUCUUUGUAAGAUGUAAGCCAGAGGAUCCGAUUUGCAUAGCGGAGCUACAGCUGCUGUGGGAAGAAAGGACUUCCAGGCAACUUUUAUCCAGCUCCAAACUUUAUUUUCUACCAGAAGAUACUCCCCAAGGCAGAAACAGUGACCAUGGCGAGGAUGAAGUUAUUGCUGCUUCAGAGAAGGUAACAGUGAAACUUGAAGACUUAGCAAAAUGGGUCCAAGCUGACUUCUCCAAAUGGAAGUGCGGCCUCCGGAGUGAAGCCAUCAGACCCACAGAACUGGGCAAAAAUGGACAGAAAGAAGCACUGAGUAGGUUCAGGCAAUCUACACACAAUAGUGGCCUCAACUUUAAAGAUAUUCUGAAGGAGAAGGCCGACCUUGGUGAGGAUGAUGAAGAUGCAAAUGUGCUGAUCCUCAGCUACCCACAAUACUGUCGCUAUCGUUCUAUGUUGAAACGCAUCCAAGGAAAGCCAUCCUCUGUACAAGCAGACCAGUUUGUGUUAGCCCUUGGAGGGAUUGCCGUAAUCAGCAAGAAUCCACAGAUCCUCUACUGUCGAGAUACGUUCGAGCAUCCAACUCUUACGGAAAAUGAGACUGUAUGUGAUGAGUUUGCGCCAAAUCUUAAAGGCAGACCACGUAAAAAGAAGCCAUGCCCACAGAGGAGAGAUUCACUCAAUGGCAUUAAAGAUCCUAAUAACAAUUGUGAAAGCAGAGCUGUUGCCAAGGUAAAAUGUGAGGCUAAGCUGCCUUUGUCCAAAACCAAAAAUAACAACAGCAAUUGUAAAAAGGGCUCAAAUGAAGAUAAAUCCAAGGUUUCUGUAGGUGAAGAAUGCCAAGCGGAUGAACAGGCAUUCCUUGUGGCACUUUACAAAUAUAUGAAAGAAAGAAAAACACCAAUUGAACGGAUACCCUACCUCGGUUUUAAGCAGAUUAACCUUUGGACUAUGUUUCAAGCUGCUCAAAAACUGGGAGGAUAUGAAACAAUAACAGCCCGUCGACAAUGGAAACAUAUUUAUGAUGAAUUAGGUGGUAACCCUGGAAGCACAAGUGCAGCUACAUGUACUCGUAGACAUUAUGAAAGAUUAAUCCUACCAUAUGAAAGAUUUAUUAAGGGAGAAGAAGAUAAGCCACUGCCCCCUGUGAAACCUCGAAAACAAGAUAAUGUCACCCAGGAGGGAGAAAGUAAAAUAAAAUUGUCUGGAACAAAACGCAUCAAAAAUGAAAACCAAAAGAGCAAGAAGGAAAAAGACAAUGCACAGAAACCCCAGGAUGCACCAGAGGUUUCAUCAGAACAAGAGAAGGAUCAGGAGUGUUCAAACCAGAAAAGCUUAUCUGAACUAACAGUAGCAGAGGAAAUGAAGCUGUCUGUAGAAGGGCCCCAGGUGCCCCCAUCAGGUGCAACUGGGAGAAUAUCUUUGGAAGACACUGAAUCAAAGGAAAUCAGUUCAAACUAUGAGGAAAUCAAGGAGGAGAAGCCAUCUGAUGAUAGUUUUUCAAGUGCUUUGGUGCCCCCCAAAGAGAACAUUGUCUUGGAUCCCACAAUCAAGAAACUCCCCGGUCCAUCAGAAGGCCAAGAAGAGCCAAAGCAGGAACAACAAGCACCUUGUUUUGUUGACAAUCUAGAAAGCGAUGCCCAAGAUACUCCAUUUCAUAACUUCCCCAACAUGCAGCUACCACUGCCAGGUCAAAAUGAGAUGGAGGACGAUAAACUUCCAGAGAUGGCAGACUACAUUGCCAACUGCACUGUUAAAGUGGAUCAGUUAGGAAACGAAGACAUACACAAUGCACUGAAACAGAGUCCCAAAGUCCUUGUAGUACAGAAUUUUGACAUGUUCAAAGAGAAAGAACCUCCAGGUUCCAUAAAUGGAGAUCCCUGUUUUGGUUACACACCACUACUCUACUCCAAAGGCAACCCAGGCAUUAUGUCCCCUCUAGCAAAAAAGAAGCUUCUAUCACAAGUCAGUGGGGCAAAUGUCUCAUGCAGUUACCCAUAUGGCUCACCUCCGCCUUUGAUUAGCAAAAAGAAAUUAGGUGGCAAAGAUGAGCUGGUGCCAAACAUCCCACAAACCUCUCACACCCCUGUGAUGGAUGCUGUGGCAGUCAACCGCCCAUCAGUAAUUCAGCAUGUACAGAGUUUUAAACCCAAGAAUUUGGAGGAAAGGAAGUCUGCCAGUGAAGCGUACCGACACGAGUCACUACUAAACAAACCAGAUUCGGAAUGUUGUGAUUUUUCGAAACAGCACCUGACCACUCUGGCAGAAUCCUAUGCGCUGAAGUCAGAAAUCCAGGACAUGAAAGAAAGAAUGAAUGAAAAACGGGCCCUGCACCAUUCCCACAUGCCCAGUUUUUUGGCAGACUUUUAUUCCUCCCCUCACUUGCACAGCCUGUAUAGGCAUACCGAACACCACCUUAAUAAUGAACAGACAUCCAAAUACCUCCCUCGAGACAUGUACAGAGAGACAGAAAACAUUUCAAUGUUCCCACAGCACAAGCACCAAGACAAACGGAACUUAACCUAUCACCCCCCUUUGCAUCAGCAAGAGAAAAAGAGCCCCCUGGGAGCCUUGUCGGAUGACCAGCCUACCGAUCUGAGUCUUCCCAAGGGUAUUCACAAACAGACUGCUUCAAAAGCUCUGGGCUCCUCCCUCUUGCACACUUCAGCGGGGCAACAGGACAAUAAGAGCAUCUCCCAGUUCCAGGUUUUGAGUGGCCAGUCACUGAGUGUGGACUGCCAUCCCAAAGCUUGCCGGGUUUCCCCAAUGACUGUGUUGGCCCCCAAGAAGCAUGGGGAGCCCCCUCUCAUCAGGUCCAGCAAGCAGCCAAACCUGAGGAAGAUGGAAGGCAUGGCCCAUCCCAUCCUAAGUCAUAAAACCAACGCUCAAACUGUCGGGGCAGCUCGACCUCUGAAGCGCAGCCUGGAGGAUGGGGACAAAGCCAUUUCAGAGAAGAAAGUCCGAGCCGUCUCGCCCCUGCGGUUACCAAAGGAAGCCCCUACAAAGGAGAAGGGUCUUGAGCCCGAGGCCGAGGGCAGCAAAUCAGUACAUGGCUUACCUCCCAGUGGCAUGCUGGAGGGCCACAAAUUUCCCCUCUCAAGCCCUAUCUUCACAGGCUUGUACCCUGGGACUUUGUGUGGUAGCCUGAGCAACCGCAUCCCAGCUGGGUACUCCCAUCCUCUGCAGUACUUGAAAAAUCAGACAGUGCUUUCUCCUCUAAUGCAGCCUUUGGCUCUCCAUUCGUUCAUGGUGCAAAGACAGUUCCUUACCUCCCCAGGCAGUUCACAGCAGCUUUACAGGCACUUAGCUGCGGCAACACCUGUAGGAAAUUCAUAUGGUGACCUUUUGCACAGCAACAUUUAUCCUUUGGCUGCUCUCAAUCCUCAGGCUGCUUUCCCACCUUCUCAGCUAUCUUCUGUACAUCCGAGCACAAAACUGUAAAUCCUCCCUUCAAAAACAACAGAUAAACUACAUUCCUUUAGCCUGUGAUGUCCUGCAAAGUUUAAAAUGAAACAAAUAAUCAAUUAUGUGUAUUAACCAGAAAGAGGUUACAUCCCUCCUUGUGGAAUGCUUCAGAUUUUGAUUGAGAUAAGACUGUGGUUUCAGUUGGGCUUUGCUUUUCUCCUCUGGCUGCUGUGUUUCCUCCUCCCGUGGUCUUUUCUCACCUCACACAAGAGGCUUCUGAAAGGAUCCCAUGUCUCUCUGAAAACAACUGUCAGAACAGACAAGGUGGCAAGUUCUCCUUGUCUUGGAGAAAAAGGUCUCUGUUUGCCCACCCACCACCAAGUGUUUGGGGUUUGGAGCAUUUCAAAUUGAAAAAGAGGCAGGUUUCUGAUCAAAGAGAAGGUAGGCAGAUGUAUCCAUGGCAGUUACUUUUUCAGGUACCAUUCUGGUUCCUGUCAUUUCAGAGUUCAAAUCAAUGCAAUGUAUAGUGAAACUGUGUCAGUUUUUCUUUUAACACUAUCACAACUCUGUUAAAUUAGCCUGUACAUACCUACUUCAAAGACAAAACAAAAUUACCAGUGUCAAGUUCACUUGUAUAAUUUAUAAGUUCUUAUUCUCGACUAUUCCUGUGCUCUGUUUUCUUAAAUUAAAGUCUUUUUUUUAUCAGCAA